AUGACCGGGACCCUGGAUGCAUGCUUUCAGCAGGAGUUCCUGAAAGCCCAUAACACCUACAGGACGAAGCACAGCGCGCCACUAAUGACCCUUAACAGUGAGAUGUCUGCUUCAGCUCAGAAAUGGGCAGAUCACCUGGCAACAAGCACCAUGAAACACAGUGGCAGUCAGGAUGGAGAGAACAUCUACAAUAUGUGGAGCUCAUCAACCAUUAAUCUGACAGGGAAAGAAGCUGUAGAUUCGUGGUACAGUGAGAUCAAGGAAUACAACUGGAGCACCCCCGGAUACAACAGCAAGACUGGUCAUUUUACUCAGGUGGUGUGGAAAAACAGCAAUGAACUGGGCGUGGGUAUGGCCACCGAUGGCAACAAGGUCUUUGUGGUUGGGCAGUACCGGCCAGCUGGCAACGUGAACAUGCCAGGAUACUUCGAGACAAACGUUCUCUCAGCUGGCAGAGAGGUGAGUGGAGCCGGGAGCACCUCCAGCAAGGGAGGUGGAGUGAGCCCAAGCAAAACUUGCACACUGCUGUAG